AUGGACUCAACCAAGCCUCAACCGCUCGAGGAGACAGCGGCGCAGCCGGGCCCCAAGGUCGUCGAUGCCGUCGAUCAGGAUGUGGUCGAUGCUUGCGACCUGGCCGCCCUGGGCCACGACCAAAUCCUCACUCGCAAGUUCGAUAUCUGGAGCAUACUUGCACUGGCGUUUUGUGUGCUGGGAACAUGGUCGACGUUCGCGCAGGACCUCAGCAGCGGGUUGACCAACGGUGGCCCCAUCAGCAUUCUCUGGGGGCUGUGUCUUGUGACCGUCUGCAAUGUUUGCGUCGUCGUCUCCCUGGGCGAACUUUGCAGUAGCAUGCCCACGGCGCUGGGACAGGCCUACUGGGUCCUGCGGCUUUGGGACGCGCCAUUGGGGAGAUUUGUGUCGUAUCUUUGCGCCUGGAUCAACACAUUCGGGUGGUGGACGCUCACCGCGUCACAGACUGCGUUCAUGACGAGCUUCCUGCUCAACAUGAAGGUCAUGUUCGACCCUGAGUGGACAGGCGCGAGCAGCGGCUGGGUGCAGUUCCUGGUAUACCUUGGUGUGAAUGCCCUUUUUACCGUGUUCAAUUUGAUCGCGUGUAGAAAGGACAAAGUUCUACCGCUGUUUAACGACUUUGUUGGCAUUGGCUUUGUGGGCCUAUUUGUGGUUCUCAGCCUGGCACUCCUAAUUGCUGUGGGCACCAAACCCGGUCUCGAAUUCCAGCCUGGGCGAUUCGUCUUUGCGACUUGGAUCAACCAGACGGGUUGGAGCGAUGGGGUGACGUGGUUCACAGGCUUGCUCCAGGCUGCAUAUGGUUUGACGGCCUUCGACUCGGUCAUCCACAUGGUUGAGGAGAUACCAGCACCCCGGCGUAAUGCGCCCAGAGCAAUGUGGCUUGCCGUCGUCACCGGCGCCAUCAGCGGAUUCAUCUUUAUGCUCGUCUGCUUGUUUUGCAUCCAGGACUUGGACUCGGUCAUCAGCUCAGACGUGCCCUUCAUGCAGCUGGUCCAGGACGCAAUCGGUCUUCAGGGCGCCGCGGUCCUAUUGGCUCUCUUCAUCUUCAACGGCCUUGGCCAAGGGAUCAGUGUCUUCACCACCGGGUCGCGGCUUACCUGGGGCUUUGCAAGAGAUGGCGGAAUACCGUUCAGCGCCUAUUUCGCAAAGGUUGAUCCUACUUGGAAGGUCCCAUCGAGGGCUAUAGUGCUGCAAGGCGUGAUUGUCGCCCUUGUUGGUGUCUUAUACCUCUUCGCAAACACCGUGUUGGAGGCCAUCAUCAGCACAGCGACGAUCGCACUCACAGUCUCAUACGCCCUGCCGAUCUUGACCCUCAUGAUGGCCGGGCGCGACAGACUCCCGCCUGGUGGUUUCCGUCUCGGAUCUCUAGGUCCCCUGAUAAACUGGACGUCGGUCGUAUAUUGUGCCAUCACGACUGUGUUUUUCUUCUUCCCUGGCGAGCCCGAUCCCGCUGCCGCUGACAUGAAUUACGCGAUCGCGGUAUUUGCCGUUAUGUUGGUGGUGUCUAUUGGUUUCUGGUUCACCAAGGGCCGCAUCGCAUAUAUGCGGACUACGGAAUCAGCCCAAGCCGUGUUUGAGGCUCAGAGGCGUGAGAUGGUAGUCCAUGAUGGUGUACCAGAAAGUCACUUUGAUGAGAGCGACCCGCAGACAAUUCCUGGCCAGAAGAAACUUUGA